AUGACCUGUCCAGACAAGCCAGGGCAACUUAUAAACUGGUUCUUCUGUUCCCUGUGUGUCCCGCGGGUGUGUAAACUCUGGAGCAGCCGGCGUCCGAGGACCCGGAGGAACCUCCUGCUGGGUACUGCCUGCGCCAUCUACCUGGGCUUUCUGGUGAGCCAGGUGGGGAGGGCCUCAAUCCAGCAAGGACAGGCAGCCGAAAAGGGGCCACACCACAGCCGCCACCCUGCAGAGGCGUCCUUCCCUGAGAUACCCCUGGAUGGUACCCUGGCUCCUCCUGAGUCCCAGGGUAAUGAGACCACCCUGCAGCCCAAUGUGGUGUACAUUACCCUACGCUCCAAGCGCAGCAAGCCUGCCAACAUCCGUGGCACGGUGAAACCGAAGCGCAGGAAGAAGUAUGCUGUGGUAUCUGCGGCCCCGGGACCGGAGGCCCUGGCUGGACCAUCCCUUCAGCCGCAGGAAGAUUCAAGGGCAGCUGAUGCUGCAGCGCCUGGGUACACUCAAGGAGGAAACCCGGCCAAGGUUGGAGGGCAGCCGUGGAGGUUGGUGAGGGGUCGGGCAGUGAGAGCUGCGGGCUCAGACAUCCAGCUGCCCAAGGCCAGGGAGAGCAACAUCAGGAUCUACAGCGAGAGCGCCCCCUCCUGGCUGAGCAAAGAUGACAUCCGCAGAAUGCGCCUGUUGGCUGACGCGGCGGUGGCAGGCCUCCAGCCAGUGCCUUCCAAGAGCGGUGCCCGCUUGUUGGUGCUGGAGGGGAGCGCCACUGGCUCUGUGCCCCGCUGUGGCCCUAGUCCCUGUGGGCUGCUCAAGCAGCCCUUGGACAUGAGUGAGGUGUUUGCCUUCCACCUGGACAGGAUUCUGGGACUCAACAGGACCCUGCCGUCUGUGAGCAGGAAAUCAGAGUUCAUCCAAGAUGGCCGCCCAUGUCCUGUCGUUCUCUGGGAUUCGUCUUUAUCACCAGCAAGUAAUGACACACAUUCUUCUGUUAAGCUCACCUGGGGAACUUAUCAGCAGUUGCUGAAACAGAAGUGCUGGCAGAAUGGCCGAGUCCCCAAACCUGAAUGGGGUUGCACAGAAAUACAUCACCACGAGUGGUCCAAGAUGGCCCUCUUUGAUUUUUUGUUACAGAUUUAUAAUCGCUUAGAUACAAACUGCUGUGGAUUCAGACCUCGCAAGGAAGAUACCUGUGUACAGAAUGGAUUGAGACCAAAAUGUGAUGACCAAGAUUCCACAGCUCUAGCACACAUUAUCCAGAGAAAGCAUGACCCAAGGCAUUUGGUCUUUAUAGACAAUAAGGGUUUCUUUGACAGAAGCGAAGACAACUUAAACUUCAAAUUAUUAGAAGGCAUCAAAGAGUUUCCCAAAUCUGCGGUUUCUGUUUUGAAGAGCCAGCACUUACGGCAGAAACUCCUUCAGUCUCUGUUUCUCGAUAAAGUUUACUGGGAAAGUCAAGGAGGUAGACAAGGAAUUGAAAAGCUUAUCGAUGUAAUAGAACAGAGAGCCAAAAUUCUUAUCACCUACAUCAAUGCACAUGGGGCCAAAGUAUUACCUAUGAAUGAAUAA